AUGGAGUCCUUUCCUGAAAUCACACCGCUCUGGGAUCUCUCGCAGGCAACCACAUUUUCCCAACUUGCCGACGACGACUUUCUUGCUCUCCUUCAAAAGCAAUUCCCGAGCGCAACCAAUCCGCCUAGUCUGAGCGGAGAUUUUGCUGUGGAUCCUCAGAACAUAUCUCGAUUCUCUCUGCCCAGCCUCAACCCGCCAUCCGAAGACAGUAGUCCCAGUCCACCUCGAAGCGGCGAACCCAGUAGCAGCGCGCGGAUACAAGACGAUGAUGACUCGUUUGUUCAGGGCGACACCUCAAUGAAGCGGAAAGCAAGCAGUGAAGACCUCGAAGAGGGGCCGAGCCAGAAAUCGCAGCAUACUGCCGGCAACAGUAAAAAGGGAGCAAGUGCCUCCAAGCGCAAGUCGACUGGUAAUGGACCAGAUGAGAGCCGCCUCCUCAAACGUAAAGAGCAAAAUCGUGCCGCUCAGCGCGCAUUUAGGGAAAGAAAAGAAAAGCAUGUUAAAGAUCUCGAGGACAAGGUAGCCGCCCUUGAGGCCCGUAAUGAACAGACGACAUCUGAAAAUGAAAACCUGCGCGAUCUACUGGCUAGGCUGCAGUCAGAGAACAUGGCGCUUAAGCAGGGGUCUUUCACUUUCCAAGUUCCAAAAACCGCUGGCCGCUCGAUACCUUCACCAUCUACCUCCACGCUAUCACCUCCUGAAACAUCCCUUUCAGCAUCAUUCAGCCGUAGUUCUCCAAAGCCUUCUCUCCAAAAGUACACAAAUCCUCUUGAUCUCAGCUCAUUGACAGCUUUUGAUCCGAGCGUGCUGGAUCUACUCGACGAACCUCAGCUGACUGCGACAACAUCGGGAGGGGCGAUGGAGAUGGACUUUGGCUACAACAAAGACAAGGGGUAUCCGACCUCCAACUUCACGACCAUCGCCAAUAAUCCCGCCUUCUUUUCCUUGGCAUCAAUGUUUGACCCCACUCCAACACCUUCCCCGCCUACUAGCAACAUCCACCAAGCAAACCUCAAUACUCAUGGCACCUCACCUGAUUCUUCGUCUUCUUCACCAUCAUCCAAUGGAUCGGAUCCUAGUCUUUUUGGCACACCUGUAGAGGGAUCUUCGUCGGAGUCGGACCUGGGACAUGAUGAAGGUACAUGUCCGAAGACGAAGUCGGAAUGUGUCAGGCGUGUGGAUGAUGCCGGGUUGUCACCAUUCGUGACAAGCUCCUCUUUCUUCCGCAAAGCUGGAGACAAUACAAUUCUUAGCGGGGUGUCUUGUCAAGGAUCGUCAAGCUUCCCCAAGACGACGAAGAACGAUAAUAACGUAGAGGUCUUGAGUGCCUGGCGGAGUAUAACGUCGAAUCCUAAUUUCAAGGAUUGCGACAUCAACGAAUUGUGUUCAGAGUUUUCAAGCAAGGCUCGGUGCGAUGGGACGAAGGUUGUUCUGGAACCUUCUGGCGUCCAGCAUAUACUGAAAAACCUAUCCAAGAAUCGAGCAUAA